AUGGAUAUACCUGUACAAAUAGCAGUGCGUCUUAAGCCUCCAGGUAUUGCAGAUUCUCUACAAUGUAUAUUUAGCAAUCCUGUAACACAAAUCGUCAUAACAGAGAGUGGGCAAACAUUUCACGUAAAUAGAGCACUACCAGUGGACUGCACACAAGUUCACUUAUUUAAUUCUUUUAUGAUACCACAAAUAAAUUGCUUUCUGGAUGGUUGUGAUACGUCAGUCGUUGUUUUUGGGCAAUCAAAGUCAGGAAAAACAUAUACUUUGUUUGGACCAGGUUUUGAAUGCAUUCACAGUGAAUGUGAUCAAGGUAUUGUACCACGAUUUUUAUCUGAAAUCUUUCAUAAGCUUAGCCAGAUGCCCGAGAGAGAAUUUAUAUUGCACAUAACAUGGAUGCAAGUAAUUAAUAAUAACAUUUUUGAUGUGCUGGGUGGUGGAUUAGUCCGGUGCUGUAAUAUUGAAGAAGCAUUUCAAUAUCUUCAAUUAGGCUGGCGUCAGAGGUGUCAUGGUAACAAUCAUACCGUUUUCACUGUUAGUAUGGAACAAAAGUGGGUGGGAACAAAUGGUGUCCUUAAUCACCGUAUGUCUACUGCUAGUUUUUGUGAGCUUGCAGCAUACCCUGAACCAGGACUGUUUGCUUUAGAGAAUAUUAUUAAGGAACUAAUUGCGGGUAAUCCACCUAAACAAAUUAACUAUGAUAGAUGUAUAUUGACUGCCAUGCUACGUGAUUCUUUUGGUGGGCGAGCUUUUACAUGGGUCAUAGGCUGUAUUAGUACUGAACCUGAAGAAUACCAAGAUACUUUAAAAAUACUCAAUUUAUGUUUAUGUUGUCGAGGUAUAAAGAAUUUUGUAACUGUCAACUUAUUCGCUGACAAUAAUACACCAGUGUAUUCUGAAAAGACUUUACCUUCAGAUAAUGCUUUCAACUUACAAUUUGCAACAGCACAGUGGAUCAAAUUAGUGUCCAAUGCAGAAGGUUUAUUCAACAAAAUUUUACAAUCUAAAUCAGUAUCAGAUGCAGAUAUGAGCCAAGUCAGUGAAUGGUUGUUUCUGAAAGCAGAGUGUGAUGAAUGUCUGAAUAAUGAUAUAUCUGUGGAUAAUAAAGAAGCCAACACAAAGCAAGGACUACCAAGAAUAGCUGAAGAUACUGAACCUAGUGAACCCAGUGAAUCUGAUGUUGAAUCAGACUCGGAAGACAGUGAUUCAGAAACUGUUUUUCAAGAUAAAGUUGAGAAAAUGAUGGAAUAUUUUAGAGAAAAGAAUGAUCAAUUGUUUGCUGAUAGAUGUGAAGACUAUUUGAAUCAUAUUGAUUCAGAUGAUAUCACUAUAUCUGAAACAAGUGGCUCACAGUCACUACCUAUUUUAACAUCUCAAUCAAAUUCAGGUCGCAGAAGAACUAUACAGCCUGGUGAAAGUUUAUCAGGAGCUCAGCUAGAACUUCUGAGAAAAGUUGCAGCUAAUGCUAUCUCUCCAGAAUCUCAAAAGAUUAUUAUAGAAUCUCAUAAAAAAGAAAUUGAUCCCGAACCUAAGCUAAUUGAAAGGGAAUUAUUAAAAAUGAUUGACUCGCCAAAAACAAAUGAAAUAUGUAAAAAAUAUAAAAUUACAAAAGAGAAGUAUGGGCAGAAACAAAUUUUAGCUAGAAAAUUAUCGAAAGAAAUAAGCACAAGUCAGUCACAGCUAAAAGAGUUAAUUAAUCUUUGUAUAUCAAAGAAGAGGCUGAUUGAUGAUCUGGGCAAAAGCAUUUCUAACAACACCCGAAGUAAAACUUAUACAGAGAAGUCAGAAUCAAAUCUUAUUGAUAUUGAUGCAAUUAAGGAGAUUAAAAGGCAUGAAACUAACGUUAAAACAUAUAAAAAACAAAUAGAUCAAAUAAAAAGACAAAUAAAGAAAGACGAAAAACGAAAAAACACCUUAGAUGUCGAGUUACUUAAGGAUAAGUUGAAGUUAGAUGAACUCUCAGAAACAUCAGUUGAAAUAAAAGAUAAAAAAGUACAUACCAUAAAGCAUUUUACAAAUAGAAUUACUCAGUUAGAUAGUAUAUUGAAAGAGAAAGCAAAUGAUUUGGCUAAUUUGGAACUUUCAAGAGAAAAGGAGCUCAUGCUAAGAAAAGAAAUUAAAAAUUUACGGAAGACCAGGGAAUGUUUACAUGAACAGCGGUGUAGUUUAGGACACAAGCGAAAAUUAUACAAGUCUUUAUCAGAUUCAGAGGAACGUAAAAUACUUGAAUGCGAAGAAGCAAUAGAGGCAAUAGACACCGCUAUAGAAUACAAAAACAAUUUAAUAUGUGGCCGAUCCCCGUCAGCUUCACUAUCAGACUCACAGGAUAACAAAGACAGUAGGAAUAGAGGUGAACAAAUGUUGAUGGCGAGACUGGAUAAACUGUCCCACGAUGAAAUUAAGACUUUGCUUUAUAGGUAUUUUCAAAAGGUGGUGGACCUCCGUGGUGCGUGUGCGGCGUUAGAAGCCAGUGCGUCCGCAGCGGUAGAAGAGGCAACCACAUGGCGUGCACGCGCAGCUGCUGCUUGGAGACACGCGCAGAGGUCCCGACCGACCACCAAUAGAUGUCUAGUAGGCAACAUGGAUAGAGCACUUUCAUUGGGGCUGACUACAGACUCUGAAACAUCGGACGACGCCAUGCGUUUAAUGGAUAGAAUGCGGCAAUUUGCUAGAUGUCCACCGGUCCCUGUAAUUCCCAGUCAAAACUUGCGUCAAUUGAUGCCGGCGACGCAUUUGCCAGCGGCAAAGGUCACAAAGGAAAAGAAUAAACUCGUCAUUGUCCAACAAAAAAAGCACUAA